AUGAAGUUCUCUUCUGCUCUCAUCGCUAUUUUCGCUACAUUUGUCUCUACAGUUUCAUCACAUACCACCAUAUCAUUUCCUCCACCAAGAGGACAUCCAUUAAAUGAAAAUGCAGCCGUCAAAGAUUUUCAAUGUAUCUCGGCACCAUUAAAUGGUGGUUCGGGAUGCGCCCCAAAAAAGUUUCCAUGUGGUGGUUACCCAAAAGAUAAAAAGAUCGUUACAACUUUUAAUGCCGGGGAAGUUUUUGAGGUCAAAUUUUUUAAUCAAAACUUUCCCGAAUUAAAAGAUGAGGAUAAACAAAAGGAUCAAGCAAGGCAUAACGGUGGAAUUUGUGAAUUCGCCUUAUCUUAUGACGGUGGUGAAUCUUAUACUGUCAUUGCCACUUAUAAAAAAACUUGUCCUGAUAUCUUUUUCGACGGUUGGAAGGUUAAGAUCCCAGAAAAUGCUCCUUCUUGUGAUGAUGCCGGGAAUUGUAUCUUUUCUUGGAGUUGGGUUAAUGCCUUAGGAAAUAGAGAAUUUUAUCAAAAUUGUGCUGAUAUUAAAAUCGUAGGAAAUGCCACCGAACCUUUACCUAUCAUUGAUAUUACAAGAGCAAAUUUACCUCCUCUUUUCGAGAAAAUUUUAACCCCUGAAGGUGAUGAUUCGAAUAAUGGUAAUGCUGUCGGUUCCGGUCCAAGAAAAGAAGAUGUUGAAGCUAAUUUGGCUUUAAAGAUUGGCAAUGGAAAGAAUCCAAAAGAUGAUGAAAAUCCCAAAGAACCCAAGGAAGACGAAAAUCCCAAAGAACCCAAGGAAGACGAAAAUCCCAAAGAACCCAAGGAAGACGAAAAUCCAAAAGAACCCAAGGAAGAUGAAAAUCCCAAAGAACCCAAGGAAGAUGAAAAUCCCAAAGAACCCAAGGAAGAUGAAAAUCCAAAAGAACCCAAGGAAGACGAAAAUCCCAAAGAACCCAAGGAAGAUGAAAAUCCAAAAGAACCCAAGGAAGAUGAAAAUCCCAAAGAACCCAAUGAAGACGAAAAUCCAAAAGAACCCAAGGAAGACGAAAAUCCAAAAGAACCUAAGGAAGAUGAAAAUCCCAAAGAACCUGACAACCCCAAAGGAAAUGAUGAAAUUCCAUGUAGCGAAAAUGGUAUAAUGGUCUGUGGUAAAGAAGGUGAAAGUGGUGAAUUCCUUACAUGUGAUAAUGGUAAAAUGGUUUCAAGAACUUGUCCCGGAGUACUAACAUGCAAGCAAAAUGGUAAAUCAAUCUUGUGUGAUUUUCCAAAUAGAAGAUAA